AUGCAGCAAUUACGGCUCUUAAAGUCCGAAUGGGACGAUCCUUUACCCCCUUUUCUUCAAGAAAAAUGGGGAAGCUUUUUGAAGGACCUCCCUGCUCUUAAGCUCAUUAGAAUGCCAAGACAACUUUGUCCACCAGGCUCUCAGAUAGAACUACACGGAUUCUCCGAUGCAAGCGAUUUUUGCUAUUGCUGUGUCAUUUAUUUUCGCUUCCACACUCCUGAUGGAAAAACAGACACUUCACUAAUCAUAGCAAAGUCCAAAGUUGCCCCUCUAAAACGGAUCAACACACCUAGACUUGAGCUUCAGGCAGCGACGCUGCUCUCAACUUUGCUGACCUACGUGGUCCCACACCUUCGCCAAAGCUACACUUUGGAAGACAUUUAUAACUGGUCUGACUCAACCACAACUUUGCAGUGGAUACAAACGCCCUCCUAUAAAUUGAAGACUUUCACCGCCAAUCGCGUGGCCUCUAUUCAAGAAAAUUUUCCUGAAGCCCGAUGGGGCUACGUCAAAAGCUCAGAAAAUCCGGCUGAUUUAGGUUCCCGCGGUGUUUUGGCUUCAAAAUUAUUGGAAAACGACCUUUGGUGGAAAGGUCCCCCUUGGUUGCGUUCACCCCAUUCAAGUUGGCCUAGUCCCUCCAAGGUAACUCUCUCAGACGAAAGUGAAGUUUAUAGGUCAGAACUCCGCGAGACACGCUGGGUUCUCGUCACCGAAACAUGCGCUGUUGACAUAUUUUCCCGGAUUUCGGAUUGGGAUAAGUUACAGCGAAUUUUGGCUUACGUCUUUCGAUUCAAGCACAAUGCACUCAACCCAAAGGACCGUCGCACAGGCCCCCUUAUUCCAGCAGAAUUCAAAGCCGCUGAAAGGGUCACCGUGCGAAAGGCCCAAAUUGACUCAUUUAAAGACGAUAUCAAACGUUUGAAAGCCAAUAAAGAGAGCUCAACUAGACUCCGCCGUCUAAAUCCUUUUUUGGACCCGGACGGACUCAUCAGAGUUGGAGGACGUCUGUCACACGCCCCAAUUUCCGCUGAUCGUAAACACCCGUUGAUUUUACCGAAAAGUCACGCACUGACGAAGUCACUAAUCAAAUAUUUUCAUGUUACAUUCCUCCACGCGGGGCCCCAGCUCCUGCAGUCCCUCCUAUUCCAACGCUACUGGAUUUUGGCCGGUCGCGCGGCAAUAAAAUCCGUGCUCCAGGCUUGUUUGCCAUGUUUCCGCAUAAAUCCCACAAAUAGACUGGCUCUCAUGGGUGAUUUACCAGACUCCAGAGUGACACCCUCGCGUGUUUUUGAAUCGACUGGCGUUGAUUACGCUGGCCCUUUUAAAGUAAAGGCCUCUACUUUAAGAUUUGCGCGUGAGGUCAAGACCUACCUUUGCGUCUUCAUAUGCAUGUCUACUAAGGCAGUACACUUGGAGCUGGCCCAGGAUCUCACUGCUGACACCUUCAUUGCCGCCCUCACGCGAUUUUCACCACGUCGAGGCGCACCCUCCGACCUUUAUUCUGAUUGCGGAACCCAAUUUACCGGCGCCUCCCGAGAACUCAAGCAAGCUCAAAAGGCUCUUGUUGCCGAACUUAAGGACAGUCCAGAACUCACAAAAAUGGCUCAAAAUUUCCACAUUCGCUUUCACUUCAAUGCUCCAGCCGCUCCUCACAUGGGCGGUCUCUGGGAGGCAGCAGUAAAAAGUGCAAAGGCUCACCUCGCAAGAGUCAUCCAUGGACAACUUCUGACCUUCACCGAACUGGACACAUUAAUCUGUCGCAUUGAGGCUAUGCUUAACUCAAGGCCUUUGACGCCUUUAUCAAGUGACCCUUCGGACCUCACUCCACUCACGCCAGCCCAUUUCAUUAUUGGAAGUUCCAUCGCCACUCCUGUUGAGCGAAUUCACGGAGAAAAGCCUUUGACCUCUUUGAAGCGAUGGCACCGCGUGCAGGCCAUGGCUCAAUCGUUAUGGAGGCGCUGGAGCUUAGAAUACCUCCACACCUUACAAUCACGUGCAAAAUGGAACAAAGUCGAGAAAAAUCUCCAAAUUGACGAUUUAGUGCUUUUGCACGAUCCACAACUCCCGCCCUACCAGUGGCAGCUUGGUCGGGUCACGGAGACCUUUCCAGGGAAAGACGGCCAUGUAAGGGUCGCAACUGUCCGCACCGCCACUGGGGAGUAUAAGCGCCCUGUAGUGAAGCUUUACCCUCUGCCCAUCUCUGAUGAAGAAACGCUCGAUUAAGAGUGCACUAUUGGCAACAUCGCA